AUGGACAGCUUGCUCACAUCACAGACUCUCACUAACAUCACAGUCCAGUCUCCAGGGUUAGCAGAACGAGUCAUGAUUUCUACUCUGACAACACUUCCGACCUGUGUGUUUCUUUUCAUCAAUGGCAUCAUGUUGUUCACUCUGAGGAGUAAACCUGUGUUUCGUGAGACCUGCCGUUAUAUUCUUCUGUAUAACCUGCUUUUUGCGGACACUGUGCAGCUGGCACAGAGUCAGAUUCAUUUUCUUCUUGCAGUUCUUAGAAUAACAGUGUCAUAUCCUGUAUGUACUUUUCUUGUCAACUUCACUCAUCUCACAUCUGUGAUAUCUCCUCUCACGCUGGUUGUGACGCCUCUUGAGAGAUAUGUUGCUGUGUGCUACCCACUGAGACAUGCAACCAUCAUCACCAUCAGAAACACAGGGGCAGCUAUCACUGUGAUUUGGGCCAUCAGUUUUUUAAACAUUAUUAUUCGCACUCUGUUGUUUUUAUCACUAUUUGAAGAGUUGGGUGAUUUAGAGGUGAAAGGCUUUUGUGGUGACAUCGCUAUUCUGCUCGGGACAAAGUCUGAUCGUUUUGACAAAGCUUUCACUUGUAUUGUGGUUGUGGCUGCUGGUGUGGCAGUCAUUUUCUCUUACAUUGGUGUGAUUGUAGCAGCCAGGUCAGCCUCCACAGACAAAGCCUUGGCCUUUAAAGCUCGUAACACACUGCUCUUGAAUCUGAUGCAGCUGUUCCUCAGCCUCUCCUCAACUAUUUACUACCCAUUACUCGUGCCUCUUUUAAUGAUUGUUACAAGGAUAGUACUUGUUCGCAUUCAGAAUGUUUUUUAUCUUCUCUUUAUUAUCGUACCCAGGUGUCUGACUUCUCUCAUUUAUGGACUAAGAGAUCAGACUAUCAGACCUGUCCUCAUAUAUCAUCUGUGCUGUCGAUUGAAAUGCCCAGUGGCAGAAGACAAGGGAUGA